GUUGCGGUGACGUCACGUGGGGGCGGGGCCGGCGGCGGCGGCGCAAGAUGGCGGCGACCACGGGCGCGGGAGUAAAAGUUCCUCGUAAUUUUCGUCUUUUGGAAGAACUUGAAGAAGGUCAGAAGGGAGUAGGGGAUGGAACAGUUAGCUGGGGCCUUGAAGAUGAUGAAGAUAUGACACUUACAAGAUGGACAGGAAUGAUUAUUGGACCUCCAAGAACAAUUUAUGAAAACAGAAUAUACAGCCUUAAAAUAGAAUGCGGGCCUAAGUAUCCAGAAGCACCUCCAUUUGUAAGAUUUGUAACAAAAAUUAAUAUGAAUGGAGUAAAUAGUUCUAAUGGAGUGGUGGACCCCAGAGCCAUAUCAGUCCUAGCAAAAUGGCAGAAUUCUUAUAGUAUCAAAGUUGUUCUGCAAGAGCUUCGGCGUCUAAUGAUGUCUAAAGAAAAUAUGAAACUUCCUCAGCCACCUGAAGGACAAUGUUACAGCAAUUAAUUAAAAAAACAAACAAACAAACAACAAAAAACCAACAUGCCCCCCUUAUUCAAUUUAAGCUGUCUUCAUUUUCCACAGUAGUAAAUUUUCUAGAUGCAUCUUGUAGACCUCAAAAUACUGGAAAGGAAGUUCCCAUUCAAAGGAGGUUUUUCUUGAGAUACUGUAAAUGAUACUAAUUUUUUUUUCAUUUGAAAUAUAAGUUGUGCUAUAACAAAUAAUCCUGUCGUGUAACCACUGUCCACAUAGCUGAACUUCUGGUAUCAGGAAAAGUCUAUUUAAAUUUAUUACUGUCAAGACCAGUGUGGCACAUCCAACUUAACUGUGAAAGGAUCCAUCCCACAAUCACCUUGCUGUGUGUCUGGCCUGGGUUAUUUUUUUCUUUCUCUGUCUUUUGCAAUAGAGUCGAAGCUCAGGGCUAUUUAUUAGAGUAGACACAAAGGUUUUUGCUUCCAGUGCUACACUGGGCUGUAUGGACUACUACUGGGGAUGUGUGCUAACCUCAGUCAUCCCUCCCUUUGUGCUCGCUCUAGUAAAGGCUGAAUGUGACUGUGGUCGUUUUUGGGUUUUUAUUAAUUUUUUUUAAAUGCCCUGAUAAUCUGGGGCAAGCUUUCCUUCUUUCCUUUGGCCAAGGCAUAGAUUGUAUUUCUCUUCCUGGUCCCCCUCACCAGUGACGUGGGCUUUGGGUGAGGGAUUCAGGGUUCUUUUAAUCUCUUCCCUCCUCCCCUCUUUUUAGUGGGGGUGCUGCUUUCUUUUUGCCCCUUUUGGUGACUCUUCUCGCCCCUGGCCCAGGGGUAAGUGUUGGGGCAAUAACUUGACCUGUUCCCUCUUGCUUAUCAUUUUGGUUUUGCAACAAAUUUAGUCUUCACCAGCCUGGAAAACAAGAGUAUCCGUUCUGCUCGCAAACUUGGAUUUUCCCUCCCCUCCAGCACUGCUGCCACUCUGCCAAGCUGGCCACGGCCGUGUUGUUAGAUAGGCUUUGACGUGGGGAAAAGAGCAGUAAUUUACCAGGAUUGCCCAAAUCUUCUGCUGCCAAACUUGAAUGGGGGAAGCUCUGCACAUAGAGAUUCUGAACACACUCCAGUCACACUCAAAUCGUUGUGUUUUGGUGCUUUAGAUUGACCUAAGAAUGUUAAUUAACAAAUUGUUGCACUUGCAUUUGGCCCUUCUAAAGAUGUGACAACUGCAGACAAAUCAAAUCCGUGUGGUAGCUUUUAUUAGUGUUCUGUAAGUCUUAGAAAUCUCUUCAGUGAAGAUUUUGGGAAAGUGUUGUACAGCAGAUUGAGGACCUUUACUGGCUUUGCAUCCUGGCAAAUCACUGCCUUUUCUGGUUUACUGUUUUGGACCACUAACUGCUGCAAUGUGGAUGCAAGCUUACAGAAACCAACCUAGUGUGUCCUAAGUUUUAUGAAAAAUUCAGUGUUUGUGUAAAAAAAAGAAUAAAAAAAAGGAAAAAAAGAAAAGAGUAAAAAUAAACACAUUUUAAAGCAGCAGCUGUCAAGUCAAUGAACAAUUGAUGUUUCCAUUAACUUUUGAGGAAAAUAUUAGUUGUAAGGAUUUAACAUCCUCUGUACUGAAAGUUUAACAUAACAGUAUUCCAUAAGCAGCCUUUUUAUUGUAUCAGACCAUUGCCUGAUUUUAAUAUAAUAAAAAGUGUGCAUUAAUAUUAGAAGGCUUUAAUUGUAUUUAUGUUUAGAAAUUUUGAUCCCUUAUGGAAUUCUUGAUUUGUUGGAAGUAUCUUCCUACAGAUCACGUUUAGCUGACAGAAUGUAACCUGGUGGCGAAAGGCAAUUGUCUCUAUCCAGCUGCUGCUGCUGUGCCAAGGAGCAUCUGUACUUUUGGUUUAAACCUCAGGCUGCCCCAGCCUUGGCAGUUGGUAGGGUCAGGAUGUGCAAAGGAGCUGCCAAAGGGAGUUCCUGGCUCCGUGUGCUGUCAGUGCCGUGGCCUUGCUGUGCUGUUGUCCCCAGGAAAUCGAAUCCUCUACAGAUGCAUGUUAUGCUGUCUGCCAAGGUCAAGGACUGUUUCACAACCUGUAGUUUUAAGUGUUUUCACUCAAAUAGUGAAGUGCAACAAGCUGAGCUUCUCUCCAAAUCUGGGUGAAAACGUAGCUGUGAAAUUUUGGCCUUUUCCGAGUGUAAGUGUCUCCACUUCAGAGGAUUUACUGGAAGGUCCUCGUGCACUCACCGCAGUGUUGGGGUGAAAAAGGUUCUGCCUGGGUUGGGAAUGAAAAAGGGAAUAACCUUUGUGAAACUUGCUGCUGGUUUCUGGCCUGGAGUAAAAACUGUUCCUUCUGGGGCAGCCCAGAGGGUGUCUGUGAAGACAAUGUGAUUAAUACUAUGUCAGUGUCAUGUGUAUGUGCUUAUUUAAAAUAGCUUCAUGUCAAAGAUGGUAAAUGGGCAUCAGAACAAUUACAGUGGAUAAUUACAGUGGGCUGCUUGAUUGUCUCUGGUUUUCAGAGUGUCCUUGCCCUGUUUGGGAGGUUGGUGCAUGUUUGAGGCCUCCCCGAACCUUCCUACUUCAAGUAAUGAUUUUAAAAACUUCCCAGUGUGGUUUGCUUUGCAAGGUGUACAGGUUAGAGCAUUCUAUCCUGGCUGGGAGCUGUGCUGGCAAGAGUCACUUAGCAGCAUCUGCCAUACAAAGUUGGGUGCUGCUUUUAAAAAAGACCUGGUUCAUUGUGAAUGUUCUGCCCUGGGAGUUGCACUCUGUGGACACAUCAGCGCUCUCUUGCUGUUCCACUCAACCUGUUAGGGUUGGUGUGGAAAAAUAAUGCCCAGGGAAUGAUCUUCCAAUGGAUCUGUGUGUGGUGGCUUUGUCAGGGGGUGUGACCUGCACAGUGGAAGUGACUGGUCAUCCCACAGCCUGGUGCAUGUUGGUGCUUCAGAAAUGAGGUGGGGCGACGAAACUGUGCUGUACGUGUGUUUAUGUGAACUCAGCAGCGCAAAGGCAAAGUGCUCCAGUUGAUCACUGCUGGCCCUCACUUUAUGUCCUGAACCAGUGUCUCUUUGGAGAAGAGUAUGAAGGGAUAAUAAAUAAAAUAAGCUGAUUGGCCAUAAAAUUAAGUGCUGUUCCUUGGAGCAGGUGCUGCUGGAGGUGCUGGGGCUGGGCUGAGCAGGAGCUCGCCCUGCACUGCCACCAGCAGAGGGGCCAUGAGCCAUCCCUGUGCUGAGGGUGCUGGACUCUCCCUCACCUGCCUGUGCUUCCCGAGGAUGUGGAGUGAGCCUCUGCCUCAGCUCAUCCUCGGAGACGGCAGAGGGAGCCAGAAAGCUUCCCAAGGCUGGGGCUGCCUCAGGCUGCUUGGUUUAAAUGUUACGUCCUCUUGUGGGAACCACUUUUCAUAUUUAUCCGGAAUCAAUUUCAAUUUUAAAAACCUGUUUAUUGCAACUGUCUCACUGUACAGGCAUUAACUUGCUGGGGGAACACCAGCAUCUCAGUGAGAUAUUAAUUGUUAAUAAAGACUAAUGGUUGGUUGAUUCUUGCUGUGUUGUAAUUAGGCCCUGUGUGUGUAUGUAGGGAGUAUGUGCUGUCUGCUCUCUUACAGCUCCGUGCACUGCUUUAUAUUUAGAAUUUCAGUUUCUUCCACUAUCAAUUUUUAAGCCAGAAAGUGUCAUCAGCCGCUCUCCAAGACCCCCCUGCUGUGUGUGGCUCGUCCUGGUGUCAGACGCAGACACAGAGAGGGCAGAGGGGCGGGUGGGCACGGCCGUGCCCGUCGGCCUUGGGCACGCACUGAUCCGGUGCUUCAUCUCAGAGCCCCAGUCCUGGAGCUCCCGUGGCACUGCCGGGCAGGCGAGGGCAGAGGGAUUGUGUAAAGCUGGGUCAGUUCUGCUGAGGGACUCAGAGCCCGCAGGGAUGUGCAGUGGGAUGUGCUCCUGCUCCUCUGCCAAAUACUUGUCGUGUCUUGCCGGCCUGGCAGAGCUGUUUGUGGCUGACCUUGCUGUUUGUGGGAACCGGCCCUUUGGCACCUGAGGUUGCUGCUUUACCCACAGGACAGUGUUUCCUACACCAAGAAACAGCACAGUGGGUUCAGUGUGGUUUUUUUCAAGCUGGCACCGACUUACCUGCAACAAGGGGGUUCCAGUUCUGCACAUACCUGUAAAUAAGUGUCUGUGUCAAGCUCUACCUCCCUUGAGCUGAAAGAAGCUGAAGAGAAUUUGAUAUUCUUAAUAGCUAAGGUUUUUUACUUAUUGUUUUAUAUUUAAUAAGCUUUUUCUGAUGGCUUAAGAGUGGAUUUGCCCUGUAAGUCAGUGGAAUUGCCCUGUUGCAUUAAUCUUUGGAUGGUGUGCUCCGGGGGAGCUAACCUGGCUGCUGACUGAGAUUCUGGUCCCUCAAUAGCUCCUCGUUUUCUCUGGUCGUACUAUAGCACAUUGCUGGAGAAUGUGCUGAACUUUUAAGGCUGUGAAGAGCCCCAGUAAAGGCAAAUUUAAGUUAGGCAAGUGCUUAAGUGCUUUGUUGGACCAGAGCCAGCAUGCUCAGCCUCUGUUAGGAAAGAGGCUUUUUUAGCCCUUGUUGAGCAUCUUCUUCCUCGUCCUCUAUUCUUGGUGCUACAUCCCUAGUGCUUGUGCCUUUGCUUUUUGUGACAACAAAUGUGGGCGACAUCAGGGAAAAUGUAAAGAGCAGAAGAUGAUGUGGAGGAUAGGGAGAUAAACUGGAUGCUCAGCGUUUUAUCUGUCAAGUAUCUUGUCACCUUUUUUCAUCCUUAUCUCUUCUUAAAUAAAGCCUACAAAGGGUUUUCAGAAAUGUGGGUCCUGUCCUGAUUUUCUGCCUCUUGAGCCAGGUUGUUGGUGGCUUUGCCCUGACAUGUCUAGAAAGCCCUGCAGAACCUCCAUGGGUAAUAGGAGGGGAGAGUAAAUGUCCAAUGCUCUAAAAGUCUCUUCCCUCUCUCUAUUACUCAACCUCUAUUAUGGUGUCUUACUUUGUUAGCUUUCCACUCACCAAAGGAUGUUUCAGGAUAGCCAAAACUGAAGUUUCUUUGGGAGGAAAAAAGCAACCAAGCAGGAGUUUUGGAAGGAAAACGGUUGUAAACUUUGAGCCAUCUUCAUCAGAAAUGAUGAGGCCGUUUCCCCUCCCUGCUCUUUGCGUGGAGCUGCUUUAAAAGCACGUGUUCCUCAUUGGCCUGACCGUGGUCUGCAGAUCUACAGAGAGGGGGAUUUUGUUUGCCUGGUGGUGGGGGCUUUCUGGGGCUGAUUUGUUGGUAGUAAGUGGAGGCAGAGGGAAGACAAGUGGAGGGGAAGCUGGAAGGCUGGUGACUCUGGUGCUGCUCACACAUGGGCUGGGGCAGGGCAGGGGUGCUUGGUUUGGUGAGCUGGAAAGGAGCUGCUGUGACUCCCUGAGAGAGAGAGGGGGAGCACAGACAGUCCCACACCUUCAGGAGUGUUCGUGGCCGUUAGGAGCAGCGUCUGAUUGCAGCUCUGUGCAGUCAUUUGGGAUGCUGUGAGUGGGAUCGGGGUGUACAUCGGCUGUACGUGUCAUCCCAGAGCAGUGAGCGGGACUUGAGAAACAACCACAGCAGAACAGAGACCUCAGGAAGGAUCUGCCAAACUUCUGUCCCUCCGAAGAGACCUCUUAAAUCCCUGGGCUACCAGAUUAGAUGCUGUCCAAGGUUAGCGGCCAGAUGUUUCUCAGCUGUUUGGACUGGUUUCCAGCUGAGACCCAGUGAGUGGCUGUCCAACAUGUACGUAUGAAUAUAAACAUUUCAGAGGCCUUGCCUUGAGUGAGCCAUUAAAAACUUCCCACGAUCUGUGAGCGCUGCUGGCUUCCUUGGAGAGCACCAGCAUUUUGUACAUCGCACUUGAAUAUCCUGAGCGGGUCAGGCUCGGGCUGCCACCUGCUCACGCAGCACUGGGGCCGGGCCUCCCCCUUGUUUUAGUGGCGCCAGAGCAGUGUGGUCCCUGGAAUUUGAUUAUUUGUGUUAGCAGAUAAUUUAGGCCAGAAGGCUAAGAGUGUUCCCUUCCUUCCCUGGAUGUCGUCAUGCUUCCCAGCAAAACACAGUCCUGGGGCCUGUGUUCCUUCUCCUCCCCUUGCCCCACAAGUGCAACAAAAACUCUUUCAAUGUCCCUUCUUGUGAAGGGUCACUGUCCACUCGUUUUAAGCUUGGUUUUGGCUUGUGCAGGCCUGCCAGAAGGGGAGGAUUUCAUAACUCCACCGUGUAGAACCAUGGUUUUAAUUAAUACUUGUAUUAAAAAAAACAGAGUGAGUUUUUGAUGUGUGGUUCCUCUCCUGAAAUGUGGCUAAUGCCACCCAUGAGCUUUGGUGUUCAAACAUGAGUGACGAGAAAUGACCCCCUCUGGUCUCCCACUGCUGUGAAACAAGAUCCUUCUAAUGCUUUCCAUCAUUUUCAUCGGGUUUUAGUGCUUUGGUUCUCCCAGACCUGGCUGUUUUAGCCCCAAACUGAUUGUGUUUUACAGCACAGCCAGGCCCUGCUGGAGGUGUGGGAUGGUUAUUUACAGAGGCAAAUGCUGUUCCUUGGAUUAGAGUGUCUUGGGGCCGGAUUCCAGGAGCUGAGUUCACACCCCAGGGCUGGUGCCUGCAGUGAGAGCAGCAGGUGAGCUCAGCCUCCUUCCUUUGGAGUGGCUGCAUUAAAACCUGAGGAGACGUCCUGGGGCUGUGGGUGUCCUGUUACCUGGGAUCCCUGGAGAUCCCUGGGAUCCCUGCUCGGAGUGAGGUGCAGAGGGGGAGUUCACCUUACGGAAGGGUUUUUUUAGUAUGAAAGGUUUGGAAGCCACAGGUGUUAAGGGCAUGGGUAAAAAGGGAGGAUUUAACAAUUCAGGUGUUUGGGCUGGAUUUAACAAAACGAAUUUUGACAUUUAUAGGCUGAAGGGCUUGGUGUAAGGUGGUGUCUUCAUCCAGCACCUGGCAGCUUCACUGGGCACAGUCAGCCCAGCCAAACACUCUCUGAAACAGUGAACUGCUAAACACAGAACUUAUUUAUAGGUCUGCUUGAAAAACCCAGAAAUACCACCACGGCAGAUGUUUGUUUGCUGUAUUGGGCGCUGAACAGGAGGUCCUGAAAUUGGGGCCAUCAUUUCAUUUACUGACUGCCAGAAAAUCCAAACCUGUGGAGCAGUGAGGGAAAAGGGCCUUUAAUUAAGGAACAGUGUUCCCAGGAGAAGGCAGGGCUCCCAGUGGCUGCUCUGCUCCCUGCCAUCUGCUCCUGCCUCUCCCUGCCAGGUUUUGGGGUGUUUGCAGAGCCUAUGAGUGACCUGUGGGUCGUAUCCGUCCAUCUGAUGCCUUGUGGUGUUCGACCCUGGGGUGUAGCAUUAACUGUAAUAACAAUAAGAAAAAAAGUUUAGGACAUCAGAUUUUUAAACCAGCUUGGCAGAGUGAGGUGUUUUACUGUCAGUUCACCUGCUGUGCUUUAGAUCAGUUAUCUCUGUUUACAAGCAAUGAAGUUUUCUAAGGCAGAAAUGUGCAGUUGUAACCUGUAAAUUUUCAGGGUUUGAGCUGGAAUGGCUCUGCUAAAGCCCCGCGUGUGGCAUUUAUUGUACACACCCCAUUGCGCUGCUCCAGGUGAAUCCAAGACCGUCCAAGAGGUGUCUGUUUCUACCCUGCACUUUUCCUGUCCCAUUCCCGUGUUGUUCCUGACCUGCCUCCAGCCAUCUCCUCUGUGCCGUGGGACAGCCCCGAGGCAGGACUGGGCUGGUGUGGGGCUGGAGGCAGGAGAGCAGCUGCAAAGUCUGUCCACAGAGGGUGAGGCGGCUGCAGGAACUGCCCUGGGUGUGGAAGGGGAAAAUCUCCAAGCGAUGUUUUUAAUGGGAUUAUCGGAUCAGCUGGAGAAGCAGCCGUGCUGACAUGUGCCUUGGCUCGUGCCAUUUCUUGCCUCAGAGUCUCAGCCACCAGCAAGGCCCUGGGACUGGCACUGACUGGGGUGUCUUCCCAUGCCAGAGCUGAGAGAUCUUGCUUUUGGAAACUUUUCUAACUCGUAAUGCCACAAGCACCGCUUUUAGUGUUGUGUGCAAUAACACCUACGUUUUUGACGUGUCCUGGUGUCAACGGGAGCAGGAUGCAGCUUCUCUGCUCGUUUAUUAAUGCUCUAAAAAGAGUGCUGUGAUGAAGUGGCUUUUCCCAACCAUUCAGCCCCCAGGUGUGCCCAGCUGGACCUUGUCCAUGUCUGCAGCUCCCACAGUUCAUUUACAAUCACGGAUUUUUGGGGGUUUCGUUCUUGAUACUGUUCCUUCUGCAUCCUCUGUAAUCCUUCAUCCCAGUGUUGAUCCUCUCUGUGCAUCCUGGCUCUGGGAAAAGAACAGCCAGCACCUCGGGACCUGUCCCCAGGCUGCUCUGCUGGGAGCACGGAGGAGCCCUCAGAGCCCUUCAAAUGGGACAGUGGGCUUCUGCUGAUGUUCUCACACAGCGUUUCUGGCUCGGCCCAGCCGGAGCCACGGAGCUUCCCCCGGCUCUGAGGAGCCGCUGGGGUUUGCAGACGCCCUCGUGGGCACACGGAAUGUCCUGCUGUGUCCUUGGUGGCCACUUUGCAGUGGGUGAUGUGCCUCGAGAUGCCACACCCACAUCCCCUGGUGGGAGCAAACGUGUGCCGGCACCGAUCCCGGUCAGGGUCCGGGAGCGGUUGGAGCCAGGACUGGGAGUUGGAUCUGCUCCUCUUUCCAUUCCCCUCAGCUUGGCUUCCCCAGCUGGGAAAAGGAUGCAGUUUGGUUGAAAAGAAAAAUGAGAAGUUAUUUUCCCGCUCUCCAGCACAGAGGCAUUCCUGCGAGUGGGAAUUGUCAGCCCUGGAUGCUGGGAUGGGUGUUUUCAAUCAUUUCAUUUCCUUGUAUUUUUUGCUCAUUUUUUACCGUUUGGAUUUAUUUUUAAUGGCCCUGACACCCUUGUUUAUAAUAAUAAAUAGCAAACGUGUGGACACAAUGA